AUGCUUUUCCGCAAUUUAAUACCCGCGGCCAUUGCGCUGCUGCCCGCAAUUGCCUCGGCAUCGGCCGUCAUCGACCUCACACCCUCCAACUUCGACGAUGUCGUUCUUAAGUCCGGCAAGCCCGCCCUCGUAGAGUUCUUCGCUCCCUGGUGCGGCCACUGCAAGAACCUCGCCCCCGUCUACGAUGAGCUCGCUGGCGUCUUCCAGCACGCUGGAGACAAGGUCAGCGUCGCAAAGGUCGAUGCUGAUGCUCACAAGGCGCUCGGCAAGCGUUUCGGUGUCUCAGGCUUCCCUACCCUCAAGUGGUUCGACGGAAAGAGCGACAAGCCUACGGAUUACAGCGGCGGACGUGACCUCGAGAGCUUGAGCAAGUUCAUCACAGAGAAGAGCUCGGUCAAGCCCAAGGUCAAGGGCAAGCUGCCUAGCCAGGUCGUCUACUUGGACGACAAGACCUUCAAGGAGAAGGUUGGAAAGGACCAGGAUGUGCUCGUUGCCUUCACUGCUCCAUGGUGUGGACACUGCAAGACCCUCGCCCCCGUCUGGGAGACCCUCGCGAACGACUUCGUUACCGAACCCGGUGUCUUGAUCGCCAAGGUCGACGCUGAAGCUGAGAACUCCAAGGCCCUCGCACAGGAGCAAGGCGUGUCAUCCUACCCGACCAUCAAAUACUUCCCCAAGGGCUCCACCGAGCCCCUCCCCUAUAACGGCGCCCGCGCCGAGAAGGACUUCAUCGACUUCAUCAACGCAAACGCCGGUACCCAUCGUGCGGUCGGUGGUGGACUUGACGCCACUGGUGGCACCAUCGAGGCCUUCAACACCCUCAUUGAGAAGUUCCAGGGUUCGUGGGCCGGCGGUGCUGAGGAGGCCAAGACCCUCGCCGGUACUCUGCAGGACAAGUACGCCGAAUACUACGUCAAGGUCUUCAACAAGAUCGGUGCCAACCAGGAGUACGCUGCGAAGGAGCUUAAGCGUCUGCAGGGACUCAUUGCCAAGGGCAACCUGGCACCCGAGAAGAUGGAUGACUUGAUGAGCAGGAGCAACAUUCUGAGGAAGUUCAUGGGUGAUGCUGAGGAGGAGAAGUCGGAGUUGUAG